CCGCCUUCUCGCAAUUACCUUUCUGUGCCGCACAGGAUUUUCAUUUGUCUAGUAUCGCCAUCUUUUCCCCAUUGAUCAUUCUAGCACAUUCUCUUCUCGAUUUUACCAGAAUGCAACGUCCAUCUCCACCUCAAACGUUUCAUCCUCCCAUUGGUCGAAUUCCCCCUGCCAGCCGAAUCUUCAUUGUUAUUCCUGGUACUUAG